UGGAGUAUAAGAAUUAUUGCCUCUUCCGCGUCCCGCCGGCUUCCUUGUUCCGAUCGUCAUCCCUUAUCCGCCAUUUUAUAUCCGUGUUGUGUGUGUAUAUAUAUCUCCUCCCCACCAUUUAUGCUUUCAAGAAUAGCAUAAGCCUUUUCCACGUUUCUAACGCAGCUUUUGAUCGAUCGAGUUUUCCUCCUCCUCUUUCGUUGAUACCUGAGAAUUGGAUGGCAGCGUCUGAGAUAUCGGCGAGGUCGUCGCCCGCGCCUUCCAAUCCCAAGCCGUUCCCCUCGAAGUCGGCUGCUGCUCCUCGGGGACAUGACGCCUCCGCCAUCGUCGCUUAUGAGCACUACCUCCGCCUCCCCGAGCUGGCCAAGCUUUGGAGCUCCAAGGACUUCCCCCAGUGGGCCGACGAGUCCAUACUCAAGCCGGCCCUGCAGGGCCUGGAGAUCACCUUCCGGUUCAUCUCGCUCGCCCUGUCCGACCCCCGGCCCUACGCGAACCACCGGGAAUGGAAGCGGAGGCUGGAGUCCCUCGCCGCGCGCCAGGUCGAGCUCAUCGCUACCUUGUGCGAGGAGGAUGGCGGCGCCCCCAUCGCCGACCUCAGCUCGUGCAAGGGCCUUCUGUCACGGGACAAGAGCUCGCAGGAGGUGUGGAAGGUUCCCGGCACGACCAGCGUGGUGAGCCGCACGAGCGAGAAGAGCCUGCUGCCGCGGCUGGCGACGUGGGAGAAGUCGGAGGACGUGGCCUCCAAGAUCCUGUUCCAGAUCGAGAGCCAGAUGCAGCGGUGCCGGUUCACUCUGGGGUUGGGCGAGCCCAACCUCGCAGGGAAGCCCACGAUCGAGUACGAUCUCGUCGUCCGCCCGUCCGACCUCCACGCCCUGAAGAGGAGCCCCGGCGGAUCGAUGGACGCCAAGGACCACGAAGACCAGGCGCUCUGCACGAUCCAACAGAUCCUCGAGUCGUGGCUCUUCGCCGCCCGCGAGCUCUUGGCUCGGAUCGAGCAGAGGAUGGACGCCAAAAACUGGGUGCAGGCCGGGAGCGAUUGCUGGCUGCUCGAGCGCGUGUGGAAGCUGCUGUCGGAGGUGGAGGACCUCCACCUUCUGAUGGACCCGGACGACUUCCUCCGGCUGAAGAGCCAGCUGGGCAUCAAGGCCACCUCCGGCUCGGAGGCGCUCUGCCUCCGCUCGACGGCGCUGCUCCAGGUGACGAACUCCUGCAAGGACCUGAAGCGGACGGUGCCGUGGAUCCUGGGGGUGGAGGCGGACCCUAACGGGGGGCCUCGGGUGCAGGACGCCGCGAUGAGGCUGUUCCACAGCCGGCGGAGGGGCGAGGGCGACAACCUCGGGAAGAUAAAUCUGCUACAGGCGUUGCAGGCCGUGGAGGCGGCGUUGAAGAGGUUCUUCUUUGCUUACCGGCAAGUGGUGGCGGCGGUCAUGGGGAGCCUGGAAACGAGCGGCAACCGAGCCGUGUACGCGCCGUCGGAGGCGUUGGAUUCGCUGUCGCAGAUGUUCUUGGAGCCACCCUAUUUCCCGAGCUUGGAUGCGGCCAAGACGUUUCUGGGAGACUUCUGGCAGAACGAUCUCAGCCGGAGCGGUGGCAGCUCUUCCAACACAAAGUGGCACUGACAAGCGUUUGCAUCUGGCCGACAAAGAUGAGAUUUUGGCUAAACAUUGUAAUGCAAGAUAGAACAACAAGAAGCUGAUGUUUUGUGGAUUUUUCUCAUUUCUUCAUUAGUAGAUCUGUAAUUUAUGGUACACUAUGAUUAAUUGUUUUGCAAUUUCA